CUGACUUCCUAUGGCUCCUGCUUACCAAUUUACACGAGAACAAAUUUGAGAAAUUUCAUUUUGCUUAGUUUUAUUUUAAACCGCAGUAACAUAAAUACAAUGGACCCUUAUUUAUGCUUUAUAUUCGCUAGUUAUUUGCGCGCUUGUAGUUUCUGCAAGAAUUUGUUACAUCACACGAGUAAGACUAUCACUGCAAAAGUUUUGUCAUUAUUAUUUAUUUUACGAAAUGUAAAUAAGUUUUGUAAGCAGCAAAGUUACAAAACGCCCCACCUCGGAGGUUUUUGCAUCACGUGACCUCAAACUUGUCCUAAACAGAGUGCAACUCUUCAUCAUCGUCUUCGUCAUCUUGCUCCCGCGACAGAGACGGACCAGCUCCAGACAGGAGGCGACAAUGGAAAACUACAAACAGUUUCUUGUCAUUUUGUCCUCCGCCGGCGUUGUGGGCCUUAUUGCCAUCAUAUUUGCGAUAAGAUGGGUUCUUUACUAUCAAGGGGGUCUGGCGUGGGACGGAAAAGCGGCCGAAUUUAACUGGCAUCCGCUCUUGCACAUCUCCGGAUUUAUCUUCCUGCAGGGUGUGGCCAUCAUCGUGUACAGACUACCAUGGACCUGGAAGUACAAUAAACUUAUCAUGAAGUUUGUCCAUGCAACCUUGAACUUGGUGGCCUUUAUUUUUGCCGUUGUGGCUACAGUGGCAGUUUUCGACUUCCAUAAUGAUGCCAAUAUCCCCAACAUGUACAGUCUACACAGCUGGGUGGGCCUGGCAGCUGUAAUACUUUACGGUCUACAACUUGUUUUAGGGGUUGGCCUGUAUUUGAUGCCAUUUACGCCUGUAUCCUGGAGAGCAGCCUUUAUGCCCAUCCAUACCUACAGUGGCCUUUUCCUCUUUGGUUCAGUUAUAGCAGCGGCACUCAUGGGUAUCACUGAGAAACUUAUAUUUAGCCUGAAAACCAACCCAGCAUAUAAGGAUUUGCCCCCACAGGCGAUAUUUGUGAACAUUCUGGGACUCCUUCUUGUGAUUUUUGGAGCACUAAUCCUUUGGAUUGCCACUCGGCAGUCUUGGAAACGGCCCAGUGAACAGUUCUUGCAUAGUUUGCAUUCCGACAGGGGCAGUGAGGUUGGCUCAAAAGUGGGUCCAUCCCUGUCUCAACUCUCAGAUGGAGUAGAGGGUGAAGAAGCCUUUGGAGAGGUCCGCAGGAGGAAUAAUAAGUUUGAGGACCAGGUCAACUGAAUUUCAAUAAAUAAAUCAGAGCUUUGAAGGUCCCCCAUUCUGAAGGAAAGUACAGACCUUGUACAUUGGUCAAUUAUGUUGUAUUUCAUACAUAUUUAAUAUUAUUUUUCCGUAUCCAUUAUGUUUACAGCUGCUGUUGAAUGUUAUUGUGUGUCCUUUUUCAUAUAAACUGAAAUCACGUGCCACUAA